UCUCAGUGUCGCUGCAGCGUUCGUGCUAGUUGUUUCUUGUUGGGAUCAUCAUCUUUUUCGCGUUGUCGUUUCAAAUAUAUAUAUAUAUAUAUAUAUCUUUCGCAGUCCCUCGCGUGUGUUAGUAGUGCAUCAUCCUUUCAAACUUUUCGAUCUAUCGUUCUUCGUUGUUCUAUAUCGAUCAUCGAUUACUCAUUUUAUUAUAUAGAUAUAUCGGAUUAUUCGACUCGUCGUCGUGGGCGAGCACGUGGACGCUCGCUAUCCUUCUCUUUCUUCUCUUAUUCAACUUUGUUUUCCUUUUGGUAUCAUCUUCCCCGAGGAUUGGCCGAUUCAUCGGAUAAGAACAAACUUUCAGCGAUAUUUGGGUGUACGAGAAAAUGCGCGUAAGGUCAAGGUGACGUUGGAGCAUGGAGACCAUGGAAGACAGUGGUGGCCUACGGGUCGAUGCCUCGAGAGGGAACAUCGCACCUGGUUGCUUACCGGUAGCGAGGAAGAAUUGUUUGAAAAUUGUCGAGCCAGGUAUCGACGUUGACACGGUUAAGCAAGAAGAAAGUAGGAGAACAACAACAACCACCACUACCACCAACACCAUAACCACCACCACCACCACCAUUGAGAUGGAUCCAUACAAGGAACUCGAGCUUUACCUUGCAAGAGUAAACGAAGAGAUCGGAGAGAUCAUCGAGUCUGCCCCAUCAACUCCAUUACGUGUCAUCGAGGAACCAAAAUAUCCAAAGCAACAAGAAGAAGAAUCAGUAAAGACAUCAUCAUCUAGUUUGGAUAAUAAUACGGUGAACACUACGUUAUGUUUGCCAACUAUUAGUACUCGUCUCCCAAAACGACAGAAUUCAUUGUCACGAGGGAAUAAAAAAACAAUUAUUGGGGAAGAUAUUGGCGAGUGGUCUAACAAUAUACUUGCCGAAUUUAAUAGCAUAAUAGCUAACGAGAUUAACGAGUUAACCAAAGAACAUUCGAUAAAUUAUUCGGAAAUAAUAAGUAGGGGAGGACAACAAUCAUCGUGUAAUAAAAAAAAGGAAGAUGAACCGAGGAUAAUCAAGUACAAAGAAUUGUUGAACGAGUUUGGUAUAUCGGAUAGCGAAUAUUCCGAUGAAAAUUUAAACAACAAUAAUGAAAUAUUGAUUAACAAUAAUAAUAACGGUAAUAAAGUGAACAACAAAUUUUGGUUUAACAGAGAAAAAAAUAAUACUUAUUACGACGAGGAAGAUUUAUCUAAUGAUAAAGAUAUUUCACGACGUAAAAGUGGAAGUCUACCGGAUAAUUUGGGUAUAGUUAUCGAUCAUCAUCGAUAUAAUAGAUUGAUCAAUGACAAUCAUCAAUCUAACCAGUCCUUAACGAGGAACGUGAAUAAUCAUUGUUCGUGGAGUAAUCGAAACAUAUCUAGUCUACCAACGAGAAUCAAUCGUCCCGGGGUGGAAGAGGACGUUAAAAAUGAACCAAAGAAAAUUGUAGGGUUAAGAAACGUGCCUGACGACGAUGUACCGGUCGUCUUACCUCCGUCCUCCUCUUCCUCAUCAUCAUCGUCAUCAUCAUCAUCAUCAUCAUCAUCUUCUUCUUCUUCUUCAUCGUCAUCGUCAUCAUCAUCUUCAUCAUCUUCUUCUUCUUCUUCAUCUUCUUCUUCAUCGUCAUCAUCAUCUUCCUCAAGAAUAAUCAACGUGGAAGAAUCCAAAAACAAACUUCCACCUCGUCAACGAACGGAUUCCCAUAGGAAACAUAGUCUUCCCUUAACUCCAACGAAUUAUAGGCGUCGUAGAGAUUGCCAGCCGAGGUUUCAAAAAUUUCAACAUACCCAAGACGAUCAAGACAUCGGUAUGGAUCCUGAUUACGAUGACGUAUUCAAUAAAAAAAAUGAUGAUCACGUAAUUGCUGCAAGAUCAAAAUCAUUGGACAACGAUGUACCGAAAUCGGCACCGGUUACUCCAACCGAAGAAAAGAAACCUCCAUUUGGGAAGUUUCUUAAAAGAAUACAGACACCUGUUUAUCACGAAAAUACGAACGACGUUGUACUCGUAAGAGUAUCAUCUUUACCCGAUCAGGAUUUAUUUUUAGGAAAUCGAACGAAGGAUUGUACGUCGACGAAAAAACGUGCCGUUUCACCUUUCACCUUACGUUCGGACAUUUCGGCUAAGAGAUUGUCCGAAUCUGAUAGAGACGUUAGAGAAACAAGUCCGGUUGAUUUGAAGAAAUUUUCUAUAUCUAGGUCAAGGGGUAACGAUGUGGCAGUCGAAUGCGAUCUGCCCGAAAAUAGAAACGAUUCGACGAUUAACGAAAAUAGAAGAAUUGAAAAUGGCGAAGUUAAGAGAAUCAUCGAUGAACAAAACGCAAGAUCGGGAUCGUUGCCAAUCUCUCUGCACUCUCUUUUAUCGAGAAUCAGAAAUGGUUCAGGUUCCUGUUGUUCGAACAGUCCACCAAUGGAAUCAUUUACUUAUUCGGAUAUAGCAACUCAAACAUCGCCACCUAUUUCAAGAAGUUCUAGUUUUACUUGGGUCAGCGAAUGCGAAUCACCGCGAGCGGAAUCGCAAUUGGAUUCGCAGUCGCUGCAAGACGAGAGUACACUAGACCCACCCUCACCUCAAGACACCGUAGACGACGACAACAGAUCAUCAUCCUCCUGUCAAGAUCUUUUGCAAAGUAUGGAUGAGAUUUCAUCGGGUAGUUUGUCACCGGAUGCUGUUGAUAGAGCUUCUCCUCUAGAAAGUGGAAUCGGUACUGCGAGCCCACCCAGAAGUACGGAUCGACGAUUAAACAAACCGUCGACCUCGAACAAGUGUCACCGUAAAGAAACUUGGGAAAGAAUUCGCCGUAGACCAUCUAAAUUGGGCUCGCGUAACGAUAAGAACAAUCAAGACGUUUGGGUAAAACGUGAAAGUGUUCACACGCAAACCAAAGAUCAAGAGGAUCUUUAUAUACAAGAAGUUAUUGACAGUAGCAGCGGAUUGGACGAUUCUUUGCCUCGUGUUAAACCACCCAGACCUACGAAUUUACCAUUAUGUCUGUCUACGACAGCCAGUUCAUUGAGUUCUGGAGAAUUAUUGGAGACCCCACCACGAGCACCUUCUUCCCCAUCGGCAGCCAGUCUGCAGUUGAAACCAGAACCAUUGACGAUAGAAAUGGGCGGAAAAAGCAGCAGCGCGCCGUUGUUGGAAAACAACGACGUUGGAAAUAAUGUAGGAAAGGUUUCGUCGUUGCAGCAGCCACGUUCGCAAUCGGAACGACAACUAUCAGAAAUCGAAGCACAAGAGGCUUGCAAGUGGUUACGUGCUGCUGGUUUUCCUCAAUACGCACAAAUGUACGAGGACUAUCAAUUCCCGAUCGACGUUACGGGAGUGGCAAAGGAUCAUCCCUUUCUCGAAACUGAUUCCUUGCAAAGUCUCUUUCGGCGUUUACAUGCGCUCAAUCGUUGCGCCAAUAUGAAAUUGGACACGCAUCACUCGCAUCAUAGCACGAGCCACAGCAAAAGCGGUGGUGGCGGGGAAGAUUCAGACGAGGAUACGCAAUGCGCAUUGAGCGAGAAUUGGACAUUCGAGAAGAAGACAAGACGAUGGUCUCGGGUAGGUGACGUAACACAAGGAAACGUUGAAAGGUUGCAAGCGAUAGCAGGACAACAGACGUUGCAAUCUGAGGAGGAUUCUCUUCAGGAUCGGCUAGAGGCCGAGGAGGCCGAAGAUACGAUGUUGGAGAACUUGAAAUACGGUAGCCUGCCACCGGGUACGUUGCCGGAGGAGAUCAGUCCGAGAUUUCGCAGGACCGGCUCUGAGAGGCUCCGGGAUGGUGCGAAGGCCAUAUUGAGGAGGGUCGAGUCACUGAAAUCCCGUCGACGUAAGCGUCAGAAUCGUGACGGUGUCGUGAUAAGCGGUCCGCAAGUACUCGACGUGAUGUCGAUGCAACAGAAGAUGAAAGAAUUGAAUUGCGUUGACGUGUCACCAACUGGACCGGCACCGAUCACUUUUAACGAUCACAACAUAUCGAGUUCCUCGCCAGUCCACGUUCCCGGUUCGCCGGUGACCUUGCCACCUUCACCUUAUCAUUUACCACCUUCCCUAUUGGCUAAUGCAACGAGCAGUCCGUUCGGUGAUGAUUCUUCGAGUUACUGCUCGGAUGGUUCGCAAGGAGGUGGUCCGACGCCUACGCCAACGCGUACGAAGAUGAAUCGAGCACGUAGAUUACUUCAUCGUGGUAGAGACGAUCAAGGUGCAUUGAGCGAUUCCGAGUGUCAGCCGACCAGUUGGAGGCAAAGAUAUUUUAGAGACGCCAAUAGUAAUCAUGCAAAAGUAUUGGAAUACGUUGCUGCUCAUCCACAGACACCGAAGGAAUGUUCACCGAAGAAUACGCCUAUCAACACGCGCGGUGGAAGCCUAAAUCUUGGCAAGGAGUCGCAAAGGUUCCGCGAUAAGUUCUGCCAGGGUCAGGAAAGGUUCAAGGAAGACAAGGUAUCAGCGUUGAAGCGGGAGGAUAAAAUGCAGAAAAGUUUCAGGCGUCGUGACGAUUCCCACAGGGAUGAAAAACCUUUGUCGAAGGAUGUAACCGUUUACAGGGACAAAUCGCGCUCGAGAAGUUCCGAGUUGGGGGCUAGUCAAGAAAGCAGUUCCACCGUAGCGAGCAGAGACUCUGAUCAGGAGGAAGAUUCCCCGAGGCACAAGGUCACGGUCGUAAGGUGGCAUAGCUUUCAAAGGGGCUCCCUAUAUCCGGAACCACUCGAUCCUCUUUGUUCUCGUGCUAUGGCUUCGAUGUCCUGCGGACAAUUAUUGGUCCUUAGAAAAUUAGCAUUACUCAAAUUGACAGCUUGCAUGGAACGUUAUUGUCCGACUCAUCGUACUGGAUGGAAUUGGGAGUUACCAAAGUUCAUCAGAAAAAUAAAGACCCCGGAUUACAAAGAUAAAACUGUAUUUGGCGUACCUCUUCUUUUAUCUCUACAAAGAACUGGUCAGGCUCUACCAAAAAGCAUACAAAACGCUCUAAGAUGGAUCAGAACUAAUGCUUUAGAUCAAGUUGGAUUAUUCAGAAAGAGCGGUGUCAGGUCGAGAAUACAAAAGUUAAAAGUCAUGACGGAAACCCAAGGAGAUAGCAUCAAUUUCGACGGUCAACAAGCUUUCGAUGUGGCAGAUCUAGUGAAACAAUACUUCAGGGAAUUACCCGAAGCCUUGUUGACGAACAAACUUUCCGAAACUUUUAUCGCUAUAUUUCAACAUGUUCCAUUGGAAUUACGACCGGACGCAGUACAAUGCGUUCUGUUACUUUUGCCGGACGAACACCGGGAAGCUUUGGAAGCGUUACUAGAUUUCUUGAAUCAUGUCGCAAGCAACUCGGUCUACAAUCAAAUGACAGCCUCGAAUCUGGCCGUGUGCCUGGCACCGAGCCUGUUCCAUUUCAACCACAGUAACACAAACGUGACCAACAGGCCGAGCAGUGUAUCCCCACGUAGGAGAAAGACCGUGGGCAGUCCCGAUCCACGGGAAUUGUCGGAAAACAAAGCAGCGCACGAUUGUCUUCUGUAUCUGGUCAACAUGCAUCGUGAAUUAUUCAUGGUCUCAUCGGAUAUGCUGACACAGUGUCACUUCAAUUACAUGGAAGAAAGCGUUCCAGUCGCCCUCGAUGAACUCGGUUCGGAGCUCAAUCAAGACUGGAGGGGAUAUCUGAAAGCCUGCACGACUGCGUUGUUGAAAGAAGCAUGCGAGAAAAGUCGUGGUUGGGUGAGCGUUAACAAUCCUGCAGAUAGUAGCGUUGAUAUGGCUUACAAAAAAGUUGGCGAUGGUCAUCCUUUGAGACUUUGGCGAGUUUCUACCGAAGUCGAAGCACCACCUAAUGAACUUUUACAUCGUGUUCUUAGAGAAAGACACAUUUGGGAUCAGCAACUUCUCAAAUAUAGAUUGGUCACCGAAUUGGAUAAGAACGUUGAAGUUUUUCAAUAUGCAAUUGGGAAUAUGAGUCCUCUUCCUGCACGGGAUUACUGUGUAUUAAGAUCCUGGCGGAAUGAUCUUCCUAAAGGUGCGUGUGUCAUCGUUGAAACGUCAGUGGAACAUCCAGAUGCCCCGGUUAUGCCUGGUGGAACUCGCGGAAUUGUUUUAGCAUCGCGUUAUCUCAUUGAACCAUGCGGUAGUGGAAAAUCACGUAUCAUGCAUUUGUCUAGGGUCGAUACAAAAGGACGAACACCCGAUUGGUAUAAUAAAAGUUACGGACAUAUCGCAGCACUUCACUUAAGUAAAAUUCGCAAUUCAUUCAAGCAUACUACCGAUGGGCCAGAGACCAAAGUUUGAGAUGAGUAUACCGUGCAGUGUGCAACACUGCACGGUGCUUAUCCGUAUUAUCAAGAAACCGGCAAAACCAUAAAGGAUUCACGUAGAUCUAAUAAUAUUACAAAAUGAACCAUUGAUGAAAGAACUGAUUGAUUUCAUCAUCUUAUUAUAUUUCGAGAUAUAAACGUUGUCAGAAUUAAUAUUAAUACUCGCCGAUCCGAUGUAACAUUGUUUUAAACGUCCUCGUGUUAUAGUUGAAAUGGUCAGAAUAUAUAUUUUUUAGGUAAACAAUUAAUAUAAUAUGUAGGACCAUAUUGAAGAAAAUAUUAGGAUGAAAACAUCGACGUUGCCAAUUAAAUCGAACGAUAUUAAUUAAUGAAAUGGGUUUUAUUGAAGCAUAUCUUUAUUAGAAUUAAUUAGAUGAAUGUUAGAACAACUCAUUGGUGAGUUUUUACAAAUUCUAUGUGUCGUCGAAUUGUUAUGAUGAAAGAAAUGAGAAAAAAAAUUCAGAAAAUAACUCUACGAUAUAUUUUCAGAGGAUGAAAAUAAUAAUGUAGUUUAUAAAUGGCGAUACUUAGAUUCAAAUUGCAUUCGUCGUUGAUGUUUGAUCGUUUUUAGAGAAAUAGUAAUAAAAAAAAAAAGAAAAAAAAAAGAAAUGAAUAUUUUUGUGUACACCGUGUAGUAAAAAAGAGAAAAAG